UUUGCCACCACUUCCGGGUGUAGUGUUCCUUUAAGUAGCUGGACGUCUCUCGUUUCUCCUUGGACUGCUUCUCCAAGAAGGCGUCAACAGCCAGCCAGGAGGGCAGCGAGUCAGUGCGCUGUAUUCGUGUGCGGAUGGAGAAGUAGAACCGACAGCGGGAGCGCCUUGCUUUUUUUAUGUGGCGUUUUGAGCGUCCACGGCGAUGAGAAGCGCGGCGGGCGCGGAGGUGCGAGGCAUCCAUUGCCGGUGUCCAGAACAACGCCGGAGGAUGACCGCCGCACUUUCGUCAUUUUGCAGACACGAUUUCUUCGUUUUCUUCGCUUUUUUUGUCUCACUAGUUAACAUGGAGCGAGGACAGCAAUAGCGGCACUUUUUUCAACGCCCCCCCCCCCCCCUCUGCUGUGUAAUUUCAUUUUAAAUUAAUUUGGGGCGGCGUUUUGUGAGUGUUAUGGAACCAUGUUGACUGGAUCUAAAAACACGUUUAAAGUCCGACAAAUGGGGCCGGACAUCAAGGAGAGGAUGCUGAAUCACGGUGGGAUGACGGCGCGGGGUCGAGAUGUCUUUGAACUACGUUGUCUUCCAGGUGAGUGCGUGCUGCAGAGGGCUGUCAUGGUGAGGAAGAAGCUUACGGCGAGGGAAGGCAGAGGCUGGCUGUCAGGAACGCUCUUCUGCACGCACUUCCGAGUCGCUUUUGUGCCCCAGGAUGCUCCCAAACCUGAUGACAAUGCCGACCCGGUUCUUUUGGGGGAUCAUGAUGUAGCUUUGGCAUCAAUUGAGAAGGUCGUAGUUGUGGGCCCCAACCGGACCAAACUGGUGACCCCAAACUCAUCGCUCAAGUUCACGCCGGAGGAGCUGGUGCUUUACUGCCGCGACCUGCGAGUCAUCUGCUUCCUGUUUGACCGCCUCACCCCCGACACCCAAGUCAUCGAGAUAACGCACACCAUCGCCAAAACCUACCAGCCUCUCAAGCCGGGCUCUGUGUUGUCCUUCCAGAACGCCGCCCUUGGAAGCGUAGAAAUGAAGCAGUUCCUAAGCAACCGGCGGCGGGACGCCCACAUGAAUUGGCACGAGUCGGCCGCCGACUGGGAGCGAGAGGUGGAGCGCUGCGGCGCCACCGGCUGGAGAGUCAGCUCGGUCAAUGACCGCUUCGAGAUGUCCACCAGUCUUCCAAGAUUCAUCGUCGUUCCACAGAAGGUUCUUGACACCGAACUGAAGAAAAGCUUCGCCCACUUCAAUGACGGACGCAUCCCUCGUUGGUGCUGGCGACACCCACACGGCAGCGACCUCCUGCGCAUGGCCAGUUUCCAGAACAACAUCUACCACGAGAAGGACGACAUCAGGAACCUGGAGCUCAUCCUGUUCGGCUGCCAUUCGUCGGCGUGCGUGGUGGUGGACCUGGGCGAGGAGCUUCCCUCGCCCGCCGACAUCCAGCUGGCGCACGGCCGCCUACGAGCGCUCUGUCUUGGAGACAUCUCCACGUCUGUGACUGUGCCGGAUGAAAAGUGGCUGUCCACGCUGGAAGGAACACACUGGUUGGACUACACCAGGUGGUGCCUAAAGAAAGCUUCGGAGGUGGCGUGCCUUCUGCGCGGCGGUCACAUGACUGUGGCGCUGCAAGAGGCGGAGGACCGAGACAUGAGCUGUGUGGUGUCCAGUCUGGUCCAGGUCAUGUGCGACCCCCACUGUCGCACACGCCUUGGCUUCCAGAGUCUGGUCCAGAAGGAGUGGGUGACGGCAGGCCACCGCUUCUACAGCCGCGGCAACUAUCACCGGGACAACGACAAAGAGGAGGCUCCAGUCUUCCUGCUCUUCCUGGACUGCGUGUGGCAGCUGUGGUCGCAGUACCCGUCUCGCUUCCAGCUGACGGACGACUUCCUGCUGGCGCUGCACGACAGCACCCACUUGCCGCUCUUCUCCAGCUUCCUGGCCAAUUCCCAACGGGAGAGAUGCAGACGCACACAGAAUCUGGGCCAGUGCUACACGCCCGUCAACGGCUGGCGAGACCCGCCGCACACUGAUAGCGGGCCGGAGCCGCCUGACCCUCCGCUGCCGCCGGUGUGGGACUGGUCGCUGCAGUACAGCGAGCAGCGACAGGCUGCCUUCACGCAACCUGUCCCUCAGACACCCCAGCCACCUUCCCUGAUCAACGGAAACCUCAACACCCACCUGGACGCCCACCGGCCGAGCGACGGCACCCCCGGCUCCGUGUUCCUCCUCUCCCGGGGCGUCUUCUCAUGUCCCACCAACCUGCUCCCGUGGCGCGGGGGCGGCGCGGGCGUCAGCAUUUCGGGCGUCUACCGCAAGAGCCACCGCAGGGCGCCGUCCUCCGAGAACGUCCCCGGGCUGGAGAGACUGCUGAAGGCCUGCUCCCUCAGCGAGGCCCCCUCCAAGCCCAAGCCGGACCCCUACGAACCCUUGCUGCCCCUCCUCAUGGGGCCCUGCAUGGGCCUGUGGAGGGAGUGUUACCACCGGGGGGCGCUGCAUGCUCAGGCCUUCUCGCACCCGCUCAGCGCCAACCACAGUCAUCCGCUGGAGUUCCUGGCCAGGGAGGUGCGACGCCUCCAGGCGCGGCUAGCCCAGGCGAGCCCGGCGUCUGCCGCCGAGCCGCAGCCGGGCCACGACGCCAACCACAAUGCCAACAACGGCACCUUCCUCUUCCCCAAGUCUCACGGAGCCGCCGCUUCCGCCCCCAAAGCGCCCUCGGCUGCCCCCGCUCAAGCGUCCAGCCCCGCUCGCAGAGAAAACGCAAACAAACACAGCUUUCUGUUCGGGCAUGCUUCGGACACCCGUACGGGUCGCGCCAACUCUAAAGUGGCCAAAAGCAACCCAAGUUAAUCAUGUGGCCUGCCUGGCAGCUUUUUUUUUUUUUUGCACCUUCAAAGUAUCAGAAGAAAAGGAUGACCCACAAUGCACUUGGAGACCCUCCUGACACAUUUUCAGCAUGAGGAGCCGUCUAUUUUUAGGCUGCAGAUGGAAAAAUGUGCCAAGAUAGCACACGAAAAGGUACUUGCCGCCGGGGUUGCAAAACUUUUCCAAAUCAAAUGUACAAAAUUGCAAUCACAUUUAAAAAAAAAAAAAAAAAACGUUCCUCCCGUUGUUCGGCAGGCCAAGUGUACCUAAUGAAGUGUCCGGUGCUUUUGAGGUUUUAUCUGAAGAGGAGGUGAGCCGCACCCACUGUGGAAUUUGGGGCAUGGGAGUUAUUUUGGUGUUCGGCGGCAGCAGCAGCCCACCCACAUGCCAGCUGCUCGCUUACUCCUUUUUGGACUUGAAAACAAGAACGGCGCACUCCCUCAAAUUCUGAUCUUGAACCAAAUGUAUUUAUUUUCUAACUUUUUAACGUUUCCUAGCCACUGUUGUAUUGAAAGUUGACCCGUGAUGUACGUUGAAAGCACAAAAGGGAAGAAGCGUGCACGUAGUUGGACCAAUAUGAAUUCCAAAAGGGAAAACUCACUUUUUUUUGUACAGAUUUGUCGGGAAGUGGCCGCCGAGUAGUGAGAAAUUGAUUUCAAUUCAUUUCCAGAAUAGUAAUCAUGAAAAUCAAAGUGAGCAGUAUUUGUUGUUUGCCGGCGUCGAAAGACGUAACGAUAAAUCCAUUCCAACGGGGUCCAAAGUUGGCAGAAUGCUAGCCACCUUUGUCGUAUGACGACGUUUGACCAAUUGUGACUUGUGAAUAUGAUUUGUAUGAUUAGGAACGUCCUUUUCAAUCCACUGCUUUUUGGUACGAGUUGACCGGAUGUACAUUUUGUAUUUGUCGGCCUGUUUUUUGUCCUCCUUUUCAAAAAUAAAAAGCAGCACUUAGACUUGUGCAACACACAGCUCACAAACUUUA